UCUUUUUUACGACAUAUCUUAUAACACAAUUUAAAUUAAAUGGCAAUCUAUUCGAGUGUAGAGUCACUACAGCCGCGGGCCUGUGGUGUGGGCUCAUGGCGUCCAAAAUUUUUGGCCAAAUUAGCCACACCUAAAGUGUUCAUCGCCUGGUACACUAUAAUGGGUGUAGUACAGGGCGGCCCAUAUAGUUAUGUGAUAGCUUCCCUGACCACAUUGGAGCGCCGGUAUGCGUUCAGCAGUUUAGUAAUGGGUAUCGUAUUGAUAGCCGAUGACGUUGCAGGAGUUAUAGUAAGGUUUCCUCUCGGCUAUUUCGCCCAUCGAUUUCAUCGGCCCCGAGCUAUUGCUAUCGGACAAGUACUAUCAGGACUGGGCUGUUGGUUAGCUGCGGUACCCUAUUUUAUAUACGGACCCGGAACUCAUCUAUUGGGCGCUUCGUUAGCUACAACAACUAUAAACGGAAGUGCCGAGUACUGCAAUGCUGGCAUUAAUGGUUUGGACCAUUGCGAUCAACACAGGCGACUACAAAACAGUCCGAUAAUACCUGUAAUAUGUCUAUGGUUUGCUACCUUUCUCAUAGGCGCCGGUUCCUGUUUCUGGCACGUCGUAGGCGUUCCUCUGGUUGAUGAAAGUGUUAAGAAAAAAAAUUCUCCGAUUUAUUUAAGUGUCAUAUCUUGUGGUCGACUAUGCGGUCCAGCGAUCGCCACAUUAUUGUCAUCGUUUGUGUUGCGUUACUACGAGAAUCCAAAAAUUGAUACCGGUAUCCGUGACUUAAAGGACCCUCGUUGGGUGGGUGCUUGGUGGAUUGGUUUUGUAUGUCUGGGCACUGCCCUAUUUAUUACCAGUGUACCAAUGUUUCUGUUUCCAUCUGAUAUUGCCGACAAAAAGCCUACUGUUGACGACAAUAGUGUCAAUAAAAUUAGUAGAAAAACUAAACCAACUGUCAGUCAAUUGGAUUUAAAGACACGUGUGAUGUUAUUGUUGAAAAACCCGAUCUAUAUGUGCUAUUUGAUUGGCAGUAUGUGCCAAAUGUUUGGCUUUUUUGGUUACUCGACAUUCAAAGGCAAAUACAUUGAGUCUCAAUAUAAAAAGUCCGCCUCCACUGCAAACUUCAUAUCUGGUAUGGUAGGUAUAAUUCCAUCAGCAAUAGGAAUAUUUUUAGGAGGUGCAUUCAUAACGUUCCUCAAACCGGGUGCCCGCCUAUUGACAAUGUUUAUAUUUGUUAUUGAACUUUUAAGCACAAUGGGUCUAUUUUCAGGACUAUUUUUAGGCUGUCCCAACACACAGUUUGAUGCACUACCUACCAGUGCUAAUAAUCGUUUACCAGGAUCAUGUAAUGAAAACUGUUUGUGUCCGUCGCAAAAUUUUCGGCCUCUUUGUGGACCCGAUAACUAUACCACAUAUUUUUCGCCCUGUUUUGCUGGUUGUCCCGCACAGACACCAUUAAAGUCAAGCGAUGGCAAAAAUCUAUAUAUGGACUGCAAUUGUGUCAACGGUGCGGCCACUGAGGGCUACUGUGAUGCUCAUUGUGGCAACAAUUUUGAAAUAUAUGUCACAAUGAGUACCAUAGCCGGCAUAAUUGGACAGUUGACACGUAUUGGCAAUACAUUUGUAUCAUUAAGAAUUGUUGCACCAAGUGAAAAAACAUUUGCUGUUGGUUUUGCCACUGCUUUAUUUAGCUUAUUUACAUGGAUACCGUAUCCACUGGUUUACGGUGCAGUAACCAACACUGCAUGUAUGGUAUGGGAGCAAAAAUGCGGUAAAACAGGCAAUUGUCUGGUCUAUGAUACCGACAAAUUCAGGAAACGAUUGCUCGGUAUGUCCAUUGGUCUCAUAUUUGUUGGCUCUGUCUUAGACUUAGCCGUCGUAUUCCUGUCCUCACGAAUCAAACACCUGUAUGUCGAAGAUGAAGACAUUGAUACCGAAAGCGAUGAAAAUAGCAAUAAUAAUAAAAAAUAA